UCUUCGGCGUUCCCUGGCUGAGCGCUGCCACGGUCCGGUCUGUUACCCACGCCAACGCCCUCACCGUCAUGUCCAAAGGCCCCAAACCUGAGAUCGAAAAAGUGGUGGAGCAAAGGAUCAGUGGCAUGGCUGUGGCCUUGAUGGUUGGUGUCUCUAUUUACAUGGAGCCUGUGCUGAAGAUGAUCCCGAUGACGGCUCUGUUUGGGAUCUUUUUGUACAUGGGAAUCACGUCUCUAAGCGGUGUCCAGAUGUGGGACCGGAUGCUUCUGCUCAUUACGCCAAAGAAGUACCACCCCUCUGACGCCUACGCCACCAGGGUGUCUACUCUCCGCAUGCACAUCUUCACCUUCAUCCAGAUCAUCUGUUUGGCCAUUCUGUGGGUGGUGAAGAUGAGUCCGUUUUCUCUGGCUCUUCCGUUCGUUCUGCUGCUGACCAUCCCGCUGCGCAUGGUCAUGACCGGCACCCUGUUCACCGAGAUGGAGAUGAAAUGUCUGGAUGCAGAUGAUGCCAAAGUUAAGUUUGAGGAAGAGAUUGGAGAGGACGUUUACUACGAGGCUCCGCUUCCAUAAACUGAACUCCACAAAUUUUAAAUAUAUU